AACAAGAAGGGAACGGAGCGUGUCUGUGCGCUUAUAAUCUAGAGAUUCCAAAACAGCUGAUUUCUGCAUUUUCUAAGAAAGAAUUCCAACUCAUCAUGCCUGAGUUGUUGAUUCAAAAUGAAGGCUCUAAUGGAGCUGAAGGACUUCCUCCUUCACCCCCAGAACAGGAACGUAAAUCCUUGGCCGAGAUGAUCAAUCGUAGGAUUGCCAGUAGGGACCCCUGGUUCUCCCUCGAAUUCUUCCCUCCCAGAACAAACAAUGGAGCUAUCAAUUUGAUCAGCAGGAUUGAACGUAUGAAUGAGGGACAACCACUUUUCUGUGACAUCACGUGGCAUCCAGCAGGUGACCCAGGAAACACCCAGAAGGCCACUAGCUCCACAUGUAUGGCUGCCACCAUGGUAAACUAUUGCUGUGUGGAGACCAUGCUUCACAUCACAUGUGGACGACAGACAGAGCAGGAAAUCAAAUCUAACCUAAAGAACGCAAAAGAACUGGGAAUCAGGAACCUACUGGCACUUCGAGGAGACCCACCAGAUGGUGGAGAUUCGUGGACACACCAGGACGACGGCUAUAACUAUGCCACAGACAUGGUUCGACUGAUCAAACAAGAGCAUGGUGAUGAUUUCUCCAUUUGUGUAGCUGGUUACCCCACGGGCCAUCCAGAGUGUACUUCAUACCAGGAGGAUUUACGUCAUCUGAAAGCCAAGGUGGAUGCUGGGGCAGAUUUCAUAAUCACACAGCUGUUCUUUAAGGCCUCAACCUUCUUACAGUUUGUCAAGGACUGUAGAAACAUUGGAAUCAACUGUCCAAUCAUCCCAGGAGUCCUCCCCAUACAGGCAUACCAAUCUCUACGUCACAUUGUGAAACUGUCAAGGUUAGAAGUUCCCCAAGAGAUUAUUGACACCAUUGAGCCAAUUAAAGACAAUGAUGAAGCUAUUCGUAAUUAUGGUGUGGAACAGGCAGUACAGAUGAGCAGGGACCUCCUCAAUAGUGGGGAAGUGUAUGGUCUACAUAUUUACACACUCAACAGAGAAGUGGCCACCAUAGAAAUUCUCAAGAGACUAGGAAUGUGGAAGGAAGAUCCACAGAGAGCACUGCCAUUCAAAGUUACAGCAAAUCACAUGCGAUGUCGGGAAGAUGUUCGACCAAUAUUCUGGAGAUGCCGACCCAAUAGCUAUGUCCACCGCACUUCAAACUGGGACGAAUUCCCCAAUGGUCGUUGGGGUAACUCCUCUGCAGCUUCCUUUGGUGACUUGACAGACUACUACUUAUUUUACCUGAAGAAUCGGUCAUCCAGAGAGUCGCUGCUGAAGAUGUGGGGAGAUGAUUUGAGUUGUGAGCAGGAUGUUUGGGAUGUUUUCUACCAUUACAUCACAGGCCAGCCAAACAGUGGGGGUGUCAAGGUAUCAAGUCUACCAUGGCAGGAUGAUGAGCUGAGUGCUGAGACCAAUCUGAUUACAGAAAAGUUGGCGGCUAUCAACAAACGAGGUGUUCUGACUAUCAACUCCCAGCCAAACAUCAAUGCUGCUCCCUCCACCGACCCCAAAGUUGGAUGGGGAGACCCUAAUGGAUAUAUAUUCCAAAAGGCAUACUUGGAAUUCUUCACCUCAGAAAAAAAUGUAGCUGUGCUGAAAGAUGUUCUUCAAGGCUAUCCUCUUGUGAACUAUCACAUUGUGAAUUCCAAGGGUGAUGUGGAUUACACCAACUGUGACAUGACCCUGCCUAUUGCUGUAACCUGGGGAGUAUUCCCAGGCAAGGAGAUCAUACAGCCCACUGUUGUAGACCCGAUCGCCUUCAAGACAUGGAAGGAUGAGGCAUUUGCACUAUGGAAGGAGACCUGGGCAAACCUGUAUGAACCUGGGACAAACUCACACAACUUGCUCAACCAGAUCCAUGACAAUUACUACCUGGUGAACUUAGUGGACAAUGAGUUUCCUAAGGAUUCCUGUCUCUGGGAAAUUGUGGAGAAGAUGAUUCAGGACAGUACUAUGGUCUCACAGGAAGAUGUUGGCAUGGAAACAGGAAACGGACAUUAGAGAGAUUGCUGUCAUCCCAGUGUCCACUGUCCAGAGUAAAGAAAUGAACCUGAAGGUUUUAAAAACCAUAACAAAUUGGAAAGUGAUGAAUUAUCAUUCAAAUCAUAACCUGUUACAGGACACAGAAAACGAUGUUACCUUAAACAUUAUCAUUACACAUCUUCAUUAUGUUGCAAUAUUGGAAAAUAUUUUAUUACCAAAUCUAUGCUGAUGAAAAUUCCAUGAGAAAAGGCUAUUAAAUUGCCAUGAAAUUGCCAUGAAGAAGGCCAUGAAAUUGCCAUGAAUAUCAUGUAGAAUUAUGAAAAUGAUAAGGUUGUAUUUAUAGUAUUUACUCAUUUUUGCAACAAAAAUUAUUCCAUGGUUGAUAUUCUAAAUGUGAAAUUCUGUAUCCAUGAUUAUAAAAUAUUUCUCGUGAAGACAGUACAUGGCCAUGGUUAAUGUCUGGUAACAAACUGUUAUAAAGAAUAUUGACAAAUUAUUAUUGUCAUGAAUUCAGUGUUUGACAUAUCUUGUUCUAAUUGCUGUGUUUGGAGGUUAAAUACUCAUUGUACUCUAACAAUAUGUAUUUUGAAAUUUUAUAUUUUAUAUUUGAUAGUCACAUACUCAGACAUUUGCUUGUAAUCCAAUAUUCUCUUGAGGACAAUUACUAAUCUCUUAUAAUCAAAAAUCUUUUAAAAUCAAAUAAUCUCUGUUAUAUAUCAAACAUUAUUAUUGGAUCCAGAUAUUUCCAGACAUUUUCUUGUGAUCAAAUAUUCUCUUGAGAACAAAUAAUCUCUUAUGAUCAAAAAUAUCUUAAGAUCAAAUAAUCUCUGUUACAUUAUGAAUCAUUAUCAUAAUCAUUUGAUUCAAUGUGAAUGAUAUAGAUGUAUGAUGAACAGUUGACUAAUGAUCUGACAUUUUCACACCUUGACAGCUUUGUCAAGGUGUGAAAAUAUCAGAUGUCUGUAUCAGUAUGUACAUAAAGUUAUCUGUCAUCUGUUUAGCGUGAACUUUUCAUAUUUUCUACAAAAACUAAAAAGCACCUGAUUCACUAAAAAUCAAAAAAUUUGUUGUGCCCCUUCUCCCCCCGUUUAGCAGAUUUAAGGCUGUAGUCCAAAAGUAAACAAAAUCUAGCUAUUAAAAACAUAUAGCUUUUCCAUUAUAUGUAACUAAGGGCAUACAAUGCCUUCAUACCGAGUCCAUCAAACUACAAUGGCCACACCAAGGGUUUCCUCUAAGCCAUAAAGUGCAAAAAAUGAAAACAUUCUUGUGACAUAGAAAUAUGACUUCAUACUCAAUAGCUGUUUUAUUGGUCUCCAUUAGUUGGAAGCUUAACUGACACAGAUCCACAGUACAGUGAAAACAAACAUAACAAAAUCUUAAUUCUAACUCAUAAUUGAUAUAAUUGCAAUAUACAAACAAAAAGUAUAGAUUGGCAUGAGGACCCUUGACAAAGUACAAGGAACAUAAGACAGGUACAGGAAGGGUAAGCGCCUUCUGUUUGUCCGGGUCACAAUCACAAUCUCAAAUGAGAAUUAGGGUUGUGAUAAUCGAAAUUUGUGGAAUUUUUUCUCUAUUAUUAUGUUGGGUUGGUUUCAAAUGUUAACCAACAAAAUGGUGUACAUAAUGUUUGGGACUCUGAGGCCAACAAAAUGGUGUACAUAAAAUAUAAUGUUUGGGACUCUGAGGCCAACAAAAUGGUGUACAUAAUUUUAGGAACUCUGAGGCCCUUGAACCUAUUGUAAAGUUAUUAGUAUAAAUAAUUAUCCGUAUAAACAAAUCAAGAUACAGUACAUAUUGCAAUAGAGGUGUUGUACAGCUCACAUUUUUCAAGCCAAAAUGUAAAUUUCAUUAUAGUCUAUUUUUAUGAUGACUAAUGAUUCACUAGACCAAUUCUUAUUCUGACACUGCAUGGUGAAGCCGCAUGGUGAAUUGUAACUACACUGGAAUCCUAAGGUUUUCUGGAAGGCUACUUUAUACAAUUUUUGUCUUGCAGAAGUAAAUUUCACACUUUUUAUUUCAUAUUUUUAUGUUCCAGGGUUUUACUAUUAUGACUUUGUCACGUUUUGUUAUAUGAAAUAUGAAGAGUUCUAUGCAUUACAUUUACUGAGUAAUGUAUCAGAUGUUUUAUGGAUGUUGUAUUUCGAUAAGUUUGUCAGAAUUUAAUCUAUUUUGUGGUAUACAGAUACCUGGGGAUCAUAAGCUGCAUCAGGAACACUGUGUACAUUAUAUGUCAUAACUUUUAUGUAGUUUAUUAGUACAUGUGUAUUUACAUUGAAUUGCAAUGAAUUUAAAUUUAUUAUACACUUAGAAUUUUUUUUUUUUUCAUUGCAUAAUUUUAACAUUGCAUAAUUUUUACAUGUACUUGUAUGUUGUAUAUUUUGUUGUUGAUUCUUUUAAAUGUUUUUUAUUUAAGUAUAACAAUGAAACUGGAUUUAACAUGUAAAUAUUUCAUGUUGUACCUCCACAUGUAAUAUAUAUGUGGUGUGUAUGUCCCGUCUGUAAAUAUUUAAUGUUGGACCUCCACAUGUAAUAUAUAUGUGGUGUGUAUGUCCUGUCUGUUCCUUACACUGCUGGGAUAUACAAUGUACCUGAAGCUAGUUUGUAUAUAGAUGUAGUCAAAGAUCAAAGCUACUAAAAAUACAAUAUCACUGUGUAUUAAGGAGGACAUGGAUUUUGAAAAUCUUUCUAGAAUUUCACUGAUUGAAAAAAAAAAAUGAUAGACAGCCAUAUUGGAUUUAUGUAAUGAUUUUUUUUUUUAUAUAAUUCUUUCCCAAGUUUAUUUGUAGGUUCUUUUUAUACACCUGUAAAUGAUAGGUCAUGGUAUACCCUGCGCUGUCCGUAUGUACGUCCAUCUGUCUGCUAACUCUUCCUUGUUAGCACUCUCUUACUUUUAUUUAUCAACAGAUUUUUAUGAAUCUUGCUACAAAUAUUCCAUGACACAAUAGCUCAAGUGAAUUCGUGUUACAGAAUUCUAUGAUUACUUUUAGCAGAGUAACGCCCCUUUUAUUGCCAAAUAUGGGCAUUGUGUAGAAAAUGAAAGAUUUUUUUUUUAUUUCUGAUUCAAUUCCUCUAUUUUUUGAUUACUACAACAAGAAGAAACUAUGUUCAACAUAUAUUAGGGUUUUUUUAUAUGCCCAUCAACCACACUACAUUUUCCUGUGGUAACUUUUCCAGUGACGGGCGUAUCAUGCUCCCGCUUGCACAGCUCUUGUUGCCAUUAGUUGUGCAUGUUCAAUUUUUAGACGGAUCAGAAUAGAUAAUAAUGAGGAAGGAGGAGAAAAGUAUAGAUAAGGUAAACUUACAUAAAACCAAGAAUAAAGAUCGUCCGAUGCUAAUUAAUGUGGUCCAUUAAACCAAGAAUAAAGAUCGUCCGAUGCUAAUUAAUGUGGUCCAUUAAACCAAGAAUAAAGAUCGUCCGAUGCUAAUUAAUGUGGUCCAUUAAACCAAGAAUAAAGAUCUUCCGAUGCUAAAUAAUGUGGUCCAUUAAACCAAGAAUAAAGAUCGUCCGACGCUAAUUAAUGUGGUCCAUUAAACCAAGAAUAAAGAUCUUCCGAUGCUAAUUAAUGUGGUCCAUUAAACCAAGAAUAAAGAUCGUCCGACGCUAAUUAAUGUGGUCCAUUAAACCAAGAAUAAAGAUCGUCAGAUGCUAAUUAAUGUGGUCCAUUAAACCAAGAAUAAAGAUCAUCCGAUGCUAAUUAAUGUGCUCCAUUAGUUUUAACCUGGCCCCAACUAAAUCUGUAUAAAGGGAGGUGGUGGCUCCACUGGUGCCGGAGGGGUGGGACCCAAUAGGGGAAAUUGAGGUAAAUCCUUAAAAUUCCUUCUAGGGCUGAACGCAUUUUGAUAAAAUUUGGUCUGAAGCAUUAUUAGAUUAAGAAGAUCUAACAUUGUAUAAAUGGACGAUGUUGUUCCCUUAGGGAAAGUGGGUUUGGUCCAAUAGGAGAAAUAGAGGUACAUGUAUAUCUUUUAAAUUGCUACUAGUUCUGAAGAAAUGGUUUGAAGAACUAGUAUAAACCAAGGAUGUUGCACUCUUUCGGCGAAAGAAAGGGGCCCAAUAGGCAAAAUAUAGCAAAAAAAAAAUUCAGAAUUUUUUCAAGAAUGACAGGGUUUGGUCCACUUGUAGUUUGGACCAUUGUUGGGAGAAGCAGUUUAAAGGAAGGAAAAUAUUUGAAAUAUUACAUAUAUAUAAGUAUUUUGUCAUAAUUACUGAAAUAUCCAGGUGAGUGAUGCAGGCCCUCUCGGCCUCUUGACUUUCCUGUAUACUCAUCAAACCUCCAUAUCUAAGAUGGUCUCUUUAUUUUGACCCUACAUUAUACAUACAUCUCUAUUGUUCUGAAUACAUAUUUGGUAAAUUCAGUUACAAUUUGUAGUUUAAAAAAGGGUUGGUAUGAUUAUCAUAUUAUUUUAUCAAAAUGAGGUCUAUAGUGCACUUUUCUGAGACUUGAAAAAUUAAGAUACAAUUCCAAGAUGUUGACAAGUAUGUGAUUAAUACUUUGAUCUAUGAUCUACAACAUUUUGUCAAGUAAGUCACAGAAGGAGUAAUUAUAGUGUAAGUGUGUCCAAAAUAAAAAAUCUUUCUGCAAUAUGAACUUGGUACCUGUAAUACAUUGAUAUACAAGGUUUCCCAUUAUCAAUAUUUUUUAAACAGGAUUAUGAAAGUUAUAAAAAUGUGAAUAAAUGGUGUGUUAAAUGUA